AAAAGGAAAACCUCAGUUUGCAAUUUUCACUUUUCAAGGCGAGAGAGAUGGCGAUGGAUGGGAGCAGCGGAGGUGAAGAAUUCGCAGUUGGAUGCUUGCUAUCGAUAAAAACUACUUUUGGAGACGAAUUUGAAGGUCAAGUCAUAACCUACGAUCGCCCUUCUAACAUUGUCGUCCUCCAAGAAGGUUUGAAAUCGAACCCACAAUCACGCCGCAACAUUAGGUUACUCAAAGCCAACUACAUCAAAGAGUUUUCCUUUUUGGGUCAAUCUGAUGAUCCACUUGAUCUCAAGAAAUGCUAUCUCGAUCUCAAUUCACUCCAAUCUAAAGAAGAUGCCGCCGUUAGACAAGCAGAGAUAGAUGUUGAGAGAAUCGGGGUUGGUGUUACUGCAGAGGCUCAGAGCAUUUUUGAUGCUUUGUCUAAAACGCUGCCUGUUCGGUGGGACAAGAGCGUGAUAGUGGUGAUGAACGAGGUGCGUGUUAGCAGUCCAUAUCUUGCUGAAUCUGUUACAGGAGGAACUCCUGCUGCCAAUGAGCGAGUCAGGAAAGUGCUUGAGCUUGAAAGGAGGAGGUUGCAAACUCGUGGAUCUGGUCAAUAAACACCAGGAACAUGAACAGGAAAAAUAUUUAAUAUUUGGAGGGAAGGUAUCAAAAAGUGAUAAAAAAACACUAAAUUAACCAAAGUUUUCCAUUUCCAUAAUUUCUUUGUUGUCACUAUUAUUAUCAUUCAGUCCAAUGAAUAUUUUCUCCCCUCAAAUUAAA